GAAACAUAAAGUCAGUUCUUUGCUCUCAAGCAAGUUUCAGUACUUACUCAAAUUUCGACGGCGGUGGAUCUUUGGGAGAUUCAGAAUUUUAGGUUGAUUCCUUUACGUCACAGUGGAUUAGUUAUUAAUAGUUUUCGCAAACAGCUUCGCUAGAAGCGUGCUAGUGCGCGGCUGAGUUAUCAGACUGUCGUGUCUGACUAAGUUAUCAAAUCGUCACGCGGCGUGCUAAAUGUGACCGUGAAUUUCAGUGCCUUAACGAGCGUGGAUCUUUGUGAGUCUGCUUCCCUGGCGGCGGCAUCAAUGUCAAUUAAAUUCAGGAUAUAGAACGAUAGACACAGGACGACCAUUUGAAGGCAGAUUGAUAUCAAGAUGGAUUCGUCUAAAGCCACCGAACUGCCUGAAAAUCCGCGGGAAACCGCAAAUCCAUUAUCGAAUUUAUUUUUUUGUUAUACAAUGCCAGUGUUUUUUAAAGGAAGAAAAAAGGAGCUAGUUCCAAGCGAUCUCUACAAAGCUUUAAAAGAACAUAAAUCCAGUACUUUAGGUGACAAACUAUGUGCGGCGUGGGAAAAUGAGUUAAAACGGGCCGAAGCGAAAGGAAAAUCUCCAAGUCUCCUUCGCGCAACAAUACGAGUUUUUGGUUUACAAAUUGUCUUGUUGGGGAUUAUAUUACUUAUCCUAGAAUUUUGCAUAAAAGUCACACAACCCCUUUUUCUUGGGAGUCUAGUUGCAUUCUAUUCCAAACCCGGUGGAAACAUUACUGAAGCUUAUCUGUAUGCCGCAGCUGUGAUACUAUGCAGUGCCCUAAAUGUUGCCUUUGUCCAUCCUUUUAUGUUGAGUCAAGUGCACUGUGGAAUGAAGUUACGUGUGUCCAUGAUUAGUAUGAUCUAUCGAAAGGCUCUUCGCCUCAGCAAAACAGCCCUCGGGAAUACUACGGCUGGCCAAAUUGUGAACCUGUUGUCCAAUGACGUUGGCCGCUUGGAUUUAUCAAUGAUCUUCCUUCACCAUCUCUGGGUUGGUCCAGCAGAAACAAUUUUAGUUUUAUAUCUCAUGUAUGAGCAGAUCGGUGUUUCGGCAGUGGCUGGCGUCGUUUUUAUGUUGCUGUUCAUACCACUUCAAGGGUACUUAGGAAAGAAGACUUCAGUUCUACGACUGAAGACUGCGAUUAGGACGGAUGAACGUGUGCGUCUGAUGAAUGAAAUUGUCCAGGGCAUUCAAGUGAUCAAGAUGUAUGCCUGGGAAAAACCUUUUGGUAGAUUGGUUGCCCUAGCACGUGAACGGGAAAUCAAAAUGAUUCGAUACACAUCCUACAUACGCGGAGUCAUCUUGUCCUUUAUUAUUUUUGUAACGCGCGUUUCGAUUUUCAUGAGCUUGAUAGUGUAUGCUCUUCUGGGCUACCACGUUUCCGCAGACAAAGCUUUCGUUAUUAUCGCUUACUACAAUAUAUUACGUCAAACUAUGACCGUAUUCUUUCCACAAGGAAUCUCACAGCUGGCUGAAACCCUUGUCUCUUUGAAGAGAAUUGAGGCAUACAUGCUCUAUGCUGAGACACAAGUAAAGAGUCCGGACGACGAUAAGGUUGUUCUUGAGGACAAUUAUGAGACACUCACUGACAAAGAUACCAAUGGAGAUCAGAAAAUAAUUCAUAAUGGCAAUAAGAAUAAUGAGCAACCAAUUGAGGAAGCGCACCUCGAACUACACGAAGUCGUUGCCAAAUGGGACCCAGACGUUGCUGAAAACACAUUGGAUGGAAUAAGUUUCACCGCAAAACCGGGCGAAUUGGUUGCAGUCAUUGGACCGGUAGGAGCCGGUAAGUCCAGCUUGAUUCAAAUCCUACUCGGCGAACUACCACUCGACUCUGGAAAAACUUACAUCAAAGGAGUGGUUUCGUAUGCAUCACAGGAGCCUUGGCUAUUCACCGGUACCGUGCGUCAGAACAUCCUCUUCGGUCAACCAAUGGAUAGGAAACGAUACAAAAUGGUAGUGAAAAAAUGUGCACUAGAACGUGAUUUUGAAUUGCUUCCAUUUGGUGAUAGAACGAUCGUAGGAGAACGCGGAGCUUCCCUAUCCGGAGGCCAGAAGGCUCGAAUAAGUUUAGCCCGAGCCGUUUAUAGGAAAGCUGGAAUCUACCUUCUCGAUGAUCCUCUAAGUGCUGUGGAUACUCACGUCGGCAAACAUUUGUUUGAGCAGUGUAUGAGGGAAUAUCUUCGCGACCAUAUCGUAAUCCUGGUCACACAUCAGCUACAAUUCCUCCAACAAGCAGAUAAGAUUAUAAUUUUGGAACACGGAAAAGUUAGCGCAAUUGGAACGUAUUCUGAACUGAAGGAAAGUGGGUUAGACUUCGCUAAUUUACUUGCGGAGCCUGACAAAGUCGAAACCCUCGAUGAGCGCGUUCCAAGUGUCAACAAACUUCACCAGAGACAAAACAGUGAAUCCUCGGUGAACUCAGCCGAGGAGCAACAAGUUGUGGAUACUCAAAUGCAAGUUCAAGAGAUGCAACAGUUUGGCUCGAUUGGGCUUAGCCUUUACAAGAAAUAUUUUCAAGCAGGAGGUGGUAUGCUCCUGUUUUGCAUAUUGACCAUUUUGUGUGUUGGUACGCAACUAUUAGCUUCUGGCGGUGAUUAUUUCGUUUCCUAUUGGGUGGAUAAAGAAGCAGCACGUGAUGUGGUCAAUUCAACAAGCACUAGUGGAGUCAACCAAACACAGAUUGAAUCCUCGGCGGACAGCGAAAACAUGACAGACAUCUAUAUAUUCUCUGCUAUCAUUGUGGGCACUGUGAUAGUAACACUAGCUAGAAGUUUUCUCUUCUUCAGUGUAGCCAUGACCUCGUCAAUAAACCUCCACAACCACAUGUACCGUGGCGUGACACGUGCCACAAUGUACUUUUUCAACACAAAUCCGUCGGGCAGAAUCCUCAACCGAUUCUCGAAGGAUAUGGGUCAGGUUGAUGAGAUUCUGCCAUCUGUAAUGAUGGACGUAAUACAGAUCUUCCUCUCGCUUGCCGGCAUUGUAGUCGUAGUCGUAGUAGUUAACGUGUGGUUCCUCAUACCAACCGUUAUAAUGGGAGUGAUAUUCUACAAUCUGCGGAACUUCUAUUUGCAAACUUCGCGGAAUAUCAAACGUAUGGAAGCAGUGACUCGGUCACCCAUCUUUUCGCAUCUCUCGGCCUCACUAAAUGGGCUGUCAACAAUACGAACUUUCGGUGCUCAAAAAGUUCUUAUCAACGAGUUCGAUAAUCUUCAGGAUUCCCACAGUUCGGUCUUCUUCGCGUUCAUAUCUACAAGUCGUGCUUUUGGAUUUUGGUUGGACUGCAUUUGCGUGAUAUACAUUGCCACAGUUACGCUAAGUUUCUUUAUAAUGGGCAACGAGAACGGUGGAAGCGUUGGUUUGGCAAUUACCCAAGCCCUAGGAAUGACUGGUAUGGUGCAAUGGGGAAUGCGUCAAUCGGCCGAACUCGAAAACACGAUGACCGCAGUGGAAAGAGUAGUUGAGUAUGAAACGAUUGAGGAAGAGGGAGCGCUUGAAGCGCCGGCGGAAAAGAAACCACCAAAAGAAUGGCCUAAUAAGGGUCAUAUCAAGUUCGACCAUCUCUACCUCAGAUAUUUCCCUGAUCCGGAUUCAGAUGUUGUUUUAAAGGACUUGCAAAUCGAAAUCAUGCCAAAGGAAAAAAUAGGAAUCGUCGGUCGCACGGGCGCUGGCAAGUCAUCGCUCAUCAAUGCCUUGUUUCGGUUAUCGUACACUGAAGGCGCUGUCUUGCUAGACGGAAUAGACACCGGCGAAAUAGGACUACACGAUCUGCGAACAAAAAUCUCCAUUAUUCCUCAAGAACCUGUGCUCUUUUCAGGAUCAAUGCGUUACAAUCUGGAUCCGUUCGAUGAAUACUCUGAUGCAAAGCUGUGGCAAGUUCUAGCCGAGGUCAAGCUUAAGGACGUGGUCACGGAUCUUCCGUUUGGACUCCAAAGCAAAAUUUCCGAAGGUGGAAGUAACUUCAGCGUUGGACAACGACAAUUGGUUUGUUUGGCACGUGCUAUUCUACGAGAAAACAAAAUACUUGUAAUGGACGAAGCAACUGCCAAUGUGGACCCUCAAACAGAUGCCUUGAUUCAGACUACGAUCCGUGAAAAAUUCGAUAAUUGCACAGUAUUGACGAUAGCACAUCGACUACACACUGUUAUGGAUUCCGAUAAGGUGUUAGUGAUGGAUGCGGGAAAGGCAGUUGAAUUCAACGCUCCGUAUUUGUUACUAACGGCAUCGGAGAAACAAAUUUUCCUAGGCAUGGCACAGCAAACUGGAAAAGCAACGUUUAACAACUUGCUGAAAAUAGCGAAGGCGGCGUACGAAGCAAACGAAGCCAAGAAAGCAACUGAUGACGCUGAUUUGAAAGAAAAAUUGAACUAAUCAUUCCAUGCAGGAAGUGAACCAUUGUGACUUAUUGUGAAUUUACUAUACGCCAAUUGCGAAAACUACGUAUACCAGUUUUUACCAACAAAAAUGUAUAAAGCGCAAACAAACAAAAUGGAUGUUCAUGAAUAUCUACUGUAUUUAGAUUAAGUGUAAUGUUAGCUGUACUAUAAUUCACCGAGAUGAAUGUAUUUAAUAAAAAAAUAGAAAAUCGAA